GAUCAGCUCAAAGGUUGGAAACGGUGAGCGGUUUCCCAGACUUGCCCUGGAUUGGAUCAGACUCUCAUCUGCCGUGUCUUCAGCCAAACCACCAUCGAAAGCUUGUCAGAGGAGAUCAAAGCCAUCGAAGCAGAAGAAGAGGAUGACAGGGCAAUGGGUCGAGAAGCGGACCCUGAGGAAGCUGUUGAAGUUGCCAAUCUCAAGGUCAAUCUCAAUUGGCGGGCUCUCCGACUCGCCUCCCAGAAAUCUCUUCGCCACUUUGGCGCACUGUCGUCGAAAAGGCACAUAGGACUGAUCGGCAAAGCAGAGACUGAUGAAGUGGAUCGGGAAACGGCCGCGAAAACCAAAAACGAAGCUGUCGUGGACAAUGGUGGCGUCGAGGGUCAUAAUGCUGAGACCGAGGACGCUGCGCGAAUUAAGCGGGAGAAUGGAACUGGUGAUGCGGAAGAUGAGGAUGAAGAAGGGGAAGAUGGACUGGUUCUGAAGGAAUCGGAGGUCAACGAAGCAGAAGCAGCGGAUAAUGAGCCUGAACGAGGGGACGGAGAAAUCAAUGAAGGAGAGCAAGAGGUAGUGACCCGAGCUGGUAGCGAAAAACCGGAAACGACAGGGGAUGGAGAGGAGCAGCUUGAGGAACCCCAGGAAGGGGACGGCAUGGAAGUUGACGAAAGCGAGGCUGGAGUCAACGGCGAUGAGCUGGCUGCAGCAGAGCACGAAGGGCCGAAUGACGACGACGAUGAUGCUGCAGUGGACACUCUGACAGGUGAAAUGGAUGCUCCUGAGAACAGAGGCGACGACGAGGUAUUGCCUGAAGGCGAGAUUCCAGUGGAAACAGACCAGGAUCGCGAAGGCGGUACCACUCUUGACGACAUUGCUGAAGCUCCAAGUACGCCUCCUCUAGAAGAGAACGUGGACGCUCACACCGAUACUGGCGAGACCGGAGAUCAGGAGGUAGAAGAACAAGAGGACGUUGAGAUGAGGGUGGAGAGGGUGCCUGAACCCACAUCACGAUACAUCGUGGAUAGAGAAAGGGGUGAAUCGCCCCUUAUCGAGGGCGAAUGAUCGCUUGUAUGCUCAAGUAUCACCGGAUCAUUACCAUAUGCAGUUUAUUUGAGU